AUGACAAAAGCCACGGUAGAGGCCGGCAACACCGUCAGAGGCGAUGGUCUUGCGGUACACGUCGACGAGGCCGGUGAACUGUGCGGGUGCCGUCCCUUCUUCUCGUUCUCGUUUGUCGUUGGGAAAGGCGAGCGCUGCCUCGGAGCGGACAAGACCUUCGUCCCCGGUUUUGUGCACCGCACCGCACAACGCCAUGCCAAAGGGAAAAGCUAA